UAAUUGUUGUGUAAUUGUCAUGCAUGCUGUAUUUCGUAAUAUUCCGUGUAAUUGUCAUGCAUGCUGUAUUUCGCAAUAUUCCGUGGAUUUGAUGGUCAGGUGGAAUAACUGGAAUUUGAGCAGAGUCACGCGAUAAAAAAGGGACCUCUUUCUCCACGAGCAGAAGGACUACAAAUGCUUUCGGUUUUUCGCAUAUCUACUUUGUCGAAAGGAUUCAACUAGGACAGAUGCCUUGUCCAGUCCACACUGUACUACUGCCUAGGGUCAGGAGACCGCUUUCACGAUAUGUGAGGCAAAGGUCAGAAGGAGGAACCCGUCUAACUUGCUGAACGCGAACUCGUGUUGUAAUGGAGACUCCGACUCAGAGGAACGGAUUCAGAAGAGAAAGUUACAUUCUCUCUGUGGAUGUGGGGACAACGUCAAUCAGAUGUCACGUUUACGACAAAGAAGCCCAGAUUCGAGGAUCAUACAUCACCAAGGUAUUGGAUAGGCUCGAUUCAAUAGAGCUAUGAGAAAUUGAAAUUAAGUGUCUCCGAAUUAGGCAUGCUAAAUCAUAUGAAUUAGGAUUAUUUCAUGAGUAUGGACCCUGGUAAUGGUUGUUGCUGGCACGCAUAAUCUCCACAUUGUCGAUUUUACUGGUAUGAUAUGUUUACAGGUGAAUCUCUUGUAUCCCGAACCGGGCUUGGUCGAGUUGGACCCCGAAGAGCUGUGGAGAGGAUUCGUUAAGGUGGUGAAUGGUGCUGUGCAAGGUUUGUACCAUUUCCCACCUCUCCAUAUGGAUAGGCCCACCAUGGUAUAUUUAGCCCUGGAUUUGACCUCAAUGGCACUCUUCUGAUAUAGUUCCAGUCAUCUAGGUUUUGUACUGGCUCUGGUUUUCAUCCUUGCCUUAUAGGCAAAUCAGAUAUUGAGGUGUUGGAGAUCUCUCUAGCCAAUCAUUGACACUAACUGAUCAGCUAGUACCUUUUUACACUACUAGGCCAAACUGAGUCAAGUCGAGCUGUACUGGGCUGGCCUGGUUAAGCAUCCACCAUAGUUGCUGGAAGCGUGCUAGAAAGGCCAGUAUGGUUUGGGUAGGCCCUAGAGUGGGAGUCAGGUAUAAGAUUGAGGAAGAAACAUGGAUCUGAGUUGUACAAUUUUGAUAAAGUGCCUGUAAAGGGAGAAGAAAAAAAAUUUUUUUAAAUCUUCAAUACUGACCAUUUGACACACUAUCCAACAUCUGUGUGUCUGUUUCUCACACAUACUGAUGAUGGGCAUUGCUUGAAGUGGACUGAAAUAGGUGAUGUAACUCAUUUUGGGUGCUGGUACUGUUUAUAUUUAGGUUUCGGAACUCAGUUUCGGUUUCGUUCCUGAAGUCAAGGGACGAUGUUCCUAAUCCAAUGUAUAGCCCGGCCUGGUGUUAAAAUAACCCUUGGUUCUAUAAAUGUUUAGUGUUGACAAGGAACCAGAUAGGUAGACCUAUAGGCAGGGUUGCUGGUUUGGAUAUAACAGGAACCAGAGAAGGUUGACCUAUAGGCAGGGUUGCUGGUUUGGAUAUAACAGGAACCAGUUCAUCAUGUCUGACAGAAACCAAUCUGGUGGGAUUCUAGAGAUCCAAGAUGCUGUACCCUUGUUGUACUCAUGUUGUACCCUUGAGCUAGGCCCCUAAAACUGCUCCAGGGGCACCGCACUGUGACUGACCCUGGCUUCCAACCCCUUGGGGAGUUAAUGUGUGUUUCUGUUGGGGUUGGGCUAGGGCAGGGUUGCACAUCCUGGUCCUGGAGUAGAGCUGCAGGGUCUGCUGGCUUUUGCUCAGGUUGCUGGUCCAGGGGUGGGAAUCUCUCUCCGUUCUUCUGUGUCACUUCUGCCAAAAUAAGAAAAAGAAAUAAUGCAUGCACUCACUAACUGUAAGUCGCUCUGGAUAAGCGCGUCUGCUAAAUGACUAAAAAUGUAAAAUGAAAUGCCAUGCUCUAGGAGCUCCGAUGCUAAUGUCGUUUUCACCAGCGUUUUGAUAGCAAGCUGUUUUCACCAGCGUUUUGAUAGCAAGCUGUUUUCACCAGCGUUUUGAUAGCAAGCUGUUUUCACCAGCGUUUUGAUAGCAAGCUGUUUCCACCAGCGUUUUGAUAGCAAGCUGUUUUUCACCAGCGUUUUGAUAGCAGCUGUUUUCACCAGCGUUUUGAUAGCAAGCUGUUUUCACCAGCGUUUUGAUAGCAAGCUGUUUUCACCAGCGUUUUGAUAGCAAGCUGUUUUCACCAGCGUUUUGAUAGCAAGCUGUUUUUCAACCAGCGUUUUGAUAGCAAGCUGUUUCCACCAGCGUUUUGAUAGCAAGCUGUUUUCACCAGCGUUUUGAUAGCAAGCUGUUUUCACCAGCGUUUUGAUAGCAAGCUGUUUUCACCAGCGUUUUGAUAGCAAGCUGUUUUCACCACGUUUUGAUAGCAAGCUGUUUUCACCAGCGUUUUGAUAGCAAGCUGUUUUCACCAGCGUUUUGAUAGCAAGCUGUUUUCACCAGCGUUUUGAUAGCAAGCUGUUUUCACCAGCGUUUUGAUAGCAAGCUGUUUUCACCAGCGUUUUGAUAGCAAGCUGUUUUCACCAGCGUUUUGAUAGCAAGCUGUUUUCACCAGCGUUUUGAUAGCAAGCUGUUUUCACCAGUGUUUUGAUAGCAAGCUGUUUUCACCAGGGUUUUGAUAGCAAGCUGUUUCCACCAGCGUUUUGAUAGCAAGCUGUUUUCACCAGGUUUUGAUAGCAAGCUGUUUUCACCAGCGUUUGAUAGCAAGCUGUUUUCACCAGCGUUUUGAUAGCAAGCUGUUUUCACCAGCGUUUUGAUAGCAAGCUGUUUUCACCAGCGUUUUGAUAGCAAGCUGUUUUCACUCAGCGUUUUGAUAGCAAGCUGUUUCACCAGCGUUUUGAUAGCAAGCUGUUUUCACCAGCGUUUUGAUAGCAAGCUGUUUUCACCAGCGUUUUGAUAGCAAGCUGUUUUUCACCAGCGUUUUGAUAGCAAGCUGUUUUCACCAGCGUUUUGAUAGCAAGCUGUUUUCACCAGCGUUUUGAUAGCAAGCUGUUUUCACCAGCGUUUUGAUAGCAAGCUGUUUUCAGCAGGGCAUCACUUCUGCCAUAAACACACAAAUGUUCACUUACUGAUGGCGUUGAUGAAUCAUGUGUAUGUUCCUCUCUCUGUCUCUCCCUGGUUGUUUUAGAUUCAGGUUUACAGAUGCGUCAGAUGGAGGCCCUGGGCAUCUCCACUCAGAGAGGCACCUUCACCACGUGGGACAGGUACAUUUUACAUAGGCUAAAACCACACUGUACAAUUUAGGGAGGUACACAGAAAGAGUACAUGUACACUGUUAAUACAUACAGCAGGGUGGGCAGUCUCACCCUGUUAAUACAUACAGCAGGGUGGGCAGUCUCACCCUGUUAAUACAUACAGCAGGGUGGGCAUCUCACCCUGUUAAUACAUAAGCAGGGUGGGCAGUCUCACCCUGUUAAUACAUACAGCAGGGUGGGCAGUCUCACCCUGUUAAUACAUGCAGCAGGGUGGCAGUCUCACCCUGUUAAUACAUACAGCAGGGUGGGCAGUCUCACCCUGUUAAUACAGCAGGUGGGCAGUCUCACCCUGUUAAUACAUGCAGCAGGGUGGGCAGUCUCACCCUGUUAAUAUACAUACAGCAGGGUGGGCAGUCUCACCCUGUUAAUACAUACAGCAGGGUGGGCAGUCUCACCCUGUUAAUACAUACAGCAGGGUGGGCAGUCUCACCCUGUUAAUACAUACAGCAGGGUGGGCAGUCUCACCCUGUUAAUACAUACAGCAGGGUGGGCAGUCUCACCCUGUUAAUACAUACAGCAGGGUGGGCAGUCUCACCCUGUUAAUACAUACAGCAGGGUGGGCAGUCUCACCCUGUUAAUACAUGCAGCAGGGUGGGCAGUCUCACCCUGUUAAUACAUGCAGCAGGGUGGGCAGUCUCACCCUGUUAAUACAUACAGCAGGGUGGGCAGUCUCACCCUGUUAAUACAUGCAGCAGGGUGGGCAGUCUCACCCUGUUAAUACAUAAGCAGGGUGGGCAGUCUCACCCUGUUAAUACAUACAGCAGGGUGGGCAGUCUCACCCUGUUAAUACAUGCAGCAGGGUGGGCAGUCUCACCCUGUUAAUACAGCAGGGCGGGCAGUCUCACCCUGUUAAUACAGCAGGGUGGGCAGUCUCACCCUGUUAAUACAUGCAGCAGGGUGGGCAGUCUCACCCUGUUAUAUACAUACAGCAGGGUGGGCAGUCUCACCCUGUUAAUACAUACAGCAGGGUGGGCAGUCUCACCCUGUUAAUACAUACAGCAGGGUGGGCAGUCUCACCCUGUUAAUACAUACAGCAGGGUGGGCAGUCUCACCCUGUUAAUACAUACAGCAGGGUGGGCAGUCUCACCCUGUUAAUACAUACAGCAGGGUGGGCAGUCUCACCCUGUUAAUACAUGCAGCAGGGUGGGCAGUCUCACCCUGUUAAUACAUGCAGCAGGGUGGGCAGUCUCACCCUGUUAAUACAUACAGCAGGGUGGGCAGUCUCACCCUGCGAGGGCCGGGGUCGCAGGCUUUUGUUCCAGCGGAGUAAUAACACGUACCUACGGUUAGACUACGGUUAGACUACGGUUAGACUACGGUUAGACUAAGGUUAGACUACGGUUAGUAGUCCCCUGUAGCUCAGUUGGUAGAGCAUGGCGCUUGCAACGCCAGGGUUGUGGGUUCGUUUCCCACAGGGGGGCCAGUAUGAAAAAUGUAUGCACUCACUAAACUGUAAGUCGCUCUGGAUAAGAGCUUCUGCUAAAUGACUAAAAUGUAAAAAUGUUAGUUGAUUAGUAGAAUCAAGCGUGCUACUGCUUGGCUGGAACAAAAGCCUGCACUCACACAGGACCUUAUUGAUCCCCAGGGCUGAACAACAGUAUGUUUGUAUCUGUGUUGAUAUCCCACCUCACACCUCUCUCUCACACGCACACACACGCACACACACGCACACGCACACACACACACACACACACACAGGAAAACAGGAGUUCCCUUUCACAACUUCAUCAGCUGGCAGGACCUGAGGGCAGUGGAGCUGGUGAGGUCAUGGAACAACUCCUGCACCAUGAAGGUUAGUCUGGGGUCAUUCAAAGUUCACAGUGAGGUCACAGUUCAGCAGACCUUGUGAUAAUAUGGUAGAGGUCAUAGGUCAGCAGACCUUGUGAUAACACAGUAUAGGUCAGCAGACCUUGUGAUAAUAUGGUGGAGGUCAUAGGUCAGCAGACCUUGUGAUAAUAAGGUGGAGGUCAUAAGUCAUUAGACCUUGUGAUAAUACAGUAUAGGUCAUAGGUCAGCAGACCUUGGGAUAAUACAGUAUAGGUCAUAGGUCAGCAGACCUUGGGAUAAUACAAUAUAGGUCAUAGGUCAGCAGACCUUGGGAUAAUACAGUAUAGGUCAGCAGACCUUGGGAUAAUACAGUAUAGGUCAUAGGUCAGCAGACCUUGGGAUAAUACAGUAUAGGUCAGCAGACCUCAUAGGUUCCAGCAGACCUAGAUAAUACAGUAUAGGUCAUAGGUCAGCAGACCUUGGGAUAGUACAGUAUAGGUCAUAGGUCAGCAGACCUUGUGAUAAUACAGUAUAGGUCAUAGGUCAGCAGACUUUGUGAUAAUACAGUAUAGGUCAUAGGUCAGCAGACCUUGUGAUAAUACAGUAUAGGUCAUAGGUCAGCAGACCUUGGGAUAAUACAGUAUAGGGGCCUCUAUCUUUGGGCUCUGAUUAUUAAUAAUGAUGACGAUAACUUGCCUUGGAAAAUGCGUUUCUUGCAUUUUGCUAUACCAAACAAAAUGCAAAUUACAUCAAAACAUUGAUUUGGAUUUGUUGUUUGUUUGUACUUUUCUAUAUGCAAUUCAGCUUUUAGAUGACUAUUUCUACAAAAUAAAACUAAACUAAAUAGGAAUGAUAAGAACUGUGGCUGUGUUGUGUCCGUGACAAUGGCAGGCGAUCCACAGCGUUAUGAUGGUGCUGCACUUCCUGUCCAAAAACAAGCGCUUCCAGGCGGCCAGCCUCAUAGUCUUCUCCACCCAACACGUCACCUUCCGCCUGGCCUGGGCCCUCCAACACUGGAAACAGGUGUGUGUGUGUGUGUGGCAGAGAGGGAGUUCAAGUGUUUGGGAGGGGUGGGGGGAGUGAGUGAGGCUGUGUAUGAGACAGAGAGGGAGAACAUGUGGGUCGGGGGAGAGUGAGAGAGGCAGGUUUGUGUGCACAUUCUGUAGUCAGAAAAUACAUUCUGUAGUCAGAAAAUACAUUCUGUAGUCAGAAAAUACAUUCUGUGGUCAGAAACUACAUUCUGUGGUCAGAAACUACAUUCUGUGGUCAGAAAAUACAUUCUGUGUUCAGAAACUACAUUCUGUGGUCAGAAACUACAUUCUGUGGUCAGAAAAUACAUUUUGUAUUCAGAAAAGUCCUCUGCUGUUUCUACCAACAGUAUGUCUGAAUCACACAAUAACGGGCCUCUAUGAAUGAUCACACAAUAAUGGGCCUCUAUGAAUGAUCACACAAUAAUGGACCUCUAUGAAUGGGCUUUGGUAUUAUACCUUGACUCAUAGCCUAGGUGUGUAGCAUGACUUUUACCCCAGUUCUCCCUGACACAGAACCUGGCCUUCAUGGACUCUGAUUGGACGUACUGUAACUGACUGCUAUAAUAAUAUCACUGGCACACCGGCCAAUUGUAGACGGAGAUAAACUUUUCCUAGAAUCGUCCUACAUUGAAUUGUGUUGACCUGAAUCUAACUAUAUAGGCUACUAAUCUAGAUGUGUUGAAAAGCCUACCUGGCAACACUUCAAACACUAAUGGCCUAAAGGCACACUGGGCUUUUCGAUAUGAAUCAUAAUACACAAAUAUUGUAGUCCUUACAGAGCAAAGUCACUGGCCUCCAGUUCUUUUAGUAGCCUUGCAUGUGAUUAUUGAGGAACUGAUUGGGAGCAAGAGAACAGGAGAGGGACAGCAGUAUAUAUCUCAAUCCUCUUCUCUUUCCUAUAUCCGAUCCGCCCUCUCUCUCCUCCCGUCUCCUUCUCCUCCUCCCUCUCUCCCUUCUCUCCCCUCCCUCUCCUCUCUCUCUCCCUCUCUCUCCCUUCUCUCUCCUCUCUCCCCUCUCUCUCCUCCCUCUCUCUCUCUCCUCUCUCUCUCCCCUCUCUCCCUCUCUCACCCCUCACAGAUAAGUCAAGCAGUAGCAGAGGGCAACUGCUACUUUGGGACAAUAGACACCUGGUUGCUUUAUAAACUCACAAAAGGUAGGUGGUAUGUUUCCUUAUUCUCGUGUGGGUGCAUGUGUGUGUGUACAGUACGUGACUGGCCAAGCCUGUGUGUAUCUUUUAAGCUGUAUUUAUGAUUAAGGACGCACACACUCCAGGAAAUUCAAGUAUAUUCUUUAUUUGAAUUUUAAAAAAUGUAAUCUUGUACAAACAAACAGAAAUACGCAUCCACCACUCCAGCUAGAUACCUUUUUCUACAGCACCUGUCCAAAUCCAUAUCUUCAAGCUUCCCAAAAUACUGAUGUGUUAAAGGAAAAAUUCCACCCAAACUACUUAUUCCUAUACUUUACAGUGUUAAAUAACACUAGUAUGUGAGAUCAAUAUUUUUUGUGAACAAAUGUUUCGUUUUGUAGUUUUUAUAAUAAGGAAAUAAAAAUGUAUUGCAGCUCAAAUCGACUACAAAACCCACAAUGCAAUGCUGUCUCUCUGGGCUGGAUGGCUAGCUAGGUAGCUGGUUGGCAAACAUACAGUGCCUUUGGAAAGUAUUCAGACCCCUUGACUUCUUCCACAUUUUGUUAUGUUACAGCCUUAUUCUAAAAUGGAUUUUGGAGAAGGAAAAAAAACAGUCCUCAGCAAUCUACACACAAUACAUUUACAUUUACGUCAUUUAGCAGACGCUCUUAUCCAGAGCGACUUACAAAUUGGUGCAUUCAACUUAUACCCCAUAAUGACUGCAAAUGUAUUACAAAUAAAAAACAGAAAUACCUUAUUUACAUAAGUAUUCAGACCCUUUGCUAUGAGGCUCGAAAUUGAGCUCAGGUGCAUCCUGUUUCUAUUGAUAAAUAAUAAAUAAUAAUUGGUCAUUUAGCAGACGCUCUUAUCCAGAGCGACUUACAGGAGCAAUUGGGGUUAAGUGCCUUGCUCAAGGGCACAUCGACAAAUUUUUCACCUAGUGGGCUCGGGGAUUAGAACCAGCGACCUUUUGGUUACUGGCACAACGCUCUUAACCACUAAGCUACCUCAUCCUUGAGAUGUUUCUACAACUUGAUUGGAGUCCACCUGUGGACCAAAACAUUUCUGCAGCAUUGAAGGUCCCCAAGAAUACAGUGGCCCCAUCAUUCUUAAGUGGAAGAAGUUUGGAACCACCAAGACUCUUCCUAGAGCUGUCCUCCCGGCCAAACUGGGAAAUUGUGGGAGAACAGCCUUGGUCAGGGAGGUGACCAAGAACCCGCUGGUCACUCUGACAGUGACCAGCCUGAAUGCCAAGCAUCAUGUCUGGAGGAAACCUGUCACCAUCCCUACGGUGAAGCAUGGUGGUGACAGCAUCAUGCUGUGGGGAUGUUUUUCAGUGGCAGGGACGGAGACUAGUCAGGAUCGAGGGAAAGAUGAACGGAGCAAAGUACAGAGAGAUCCUUGAUGAAAACCUGCUCCAGAGCGCUCAGGACCUCAGACUGGGACGAAGGUUCACCUUCCAACAGGACAACGACCAUAAGCACACAGCCAAGACAACGCAGGAGUGGCUUCGGGACAAGUCUCUGAAUAUCCUUGAGUGGCCCAGCCAGAGCCCGGACUUGAACCCGAUCGAACAUCUCUGGAGAGACCUGAAAACAGCUGUGCAGCAACACUCCCCAUCCAACCUGACAGAGCUUGAGAGGAUCUGCAGAGAAGAAUGGGAGAAACUCCCCAAAUACAGGUUUGCCAAGCUUGUAGCGUCAUACCCAAGAAGACUCAAGGCUGUAAUCGCUGCCAAAGGUGCUUCAACAAAGUGCUGAGUAAAGGGUCUGAAUGCUUAUGUAAAUAUGAUAUUUCAGUUUUUUAUUUUGUAUACAUUUUCAAAAAUGUCUAAAAACCAGUUUUUGCUUUGUCAUUACGUGGUGUUUUGUGUAGAUUUAAUCCAUUUUAGAAUAAGGCUGUAACGUAACAAAAUGUGGGAAAAGUCAAGGGGUCUGAAUACUUUCCGAAUCCACUGUAGCUCCACACAAUAACACCAAAGUAAACAUCAGCAGCUACAGUUGAAGUCGGAAGUUUACAUACACUUAGUUUGGAGUCAUUAAAACUCGUUUUUCAACCACUCCACACAUUUCUUGUUAACAAACUAUAGUCUUGGCAAGUCGGUUUGGACAUGUACUUUGUGCAUGACACAAGUCAUUUUUCCAACAAUUGUUUAGACAGAUUAUUUCACUUAUAAUUCACUGUAUCACAAUUCCAGUGGGUCAGAAGUUUAAUAAUAAUAAUAAUAAUAUGCCAUUUAGCAGACGCUUUUAUCCAAAGCGACUUACAGUCAUGCGUGCAUACAUUUUUUUUUUUGUGUGUAUGGGUGGUCCCGGGGAUCGAACCCACUACCUUAGCGUUACAAGCGCCGUGCUCUACCAGCUGAGCUACAGAGGACCACAUACAUUUUUUACAUGUUUACAUGUUUACAUGUUUACAUACACUAAGUUGACUGUGCCUUUUAAACAGCUUGGAAAAUUCCAGAAAAUGAUGUCAUGGCUUUAGAAGCUCCUGAUAGGCUAAUUGACAUCAUUUGAGUCAAUUGGAGGUGUACCUGUGGAUGUAUUUCAAGGCCUACCUUCAAACUCAGUGCCUCUUUGCUUGACAUCAUGGGAAAAUCAAAAUAAAUGAGCCAAGACCUCAGAAAAGAAAUUGUAGACGUCCACAAGUCUGGUUCAUCCUUGGGAGCAAUAUCCAAACGCCUGAUGGUACCACGUUCAUCUGUACAAACAAUAGUACGCAAGUAUAAACACCAUGGAACCACGCAGCCAUCAUACCGCUCAGGAAGGAGACGCGUUCUGUCUCCUAGAGAUGAACGUACUUCGGUGCGAAAAGUGCAAAUCAAUCCCAGAACAACAGCAAAGGACCUUGUGAAGAUGCUGGAGGAAACAGGUACAAAAGUAUCAAUAUCCACAGUAAAACGAGUCCUAUAUCGACAUAACCUGAAAGGCAGCUCAGCAAGGAAGAAGUCACUGCUCCAAAACCGCCAUAAAAAAGCCAGACUACGGUUUGCAACUGCACAUGGGGACAAAGAUCGUACUUUUUGGAGAAAUGUCCUCUGGUCUGAUGAAACAAAAAUAGAACUGUUUGGCUAUAAUGACCAUUGUUAUGUUUGGAGGAAAAAGGGGGUUGCUUGCAAGCCGAAGAACACCAUCCCAACCGUGAAGCACGGGGGUGGCAGCAUCAUGCUGUGGGGGUGCUUUGCUGCAGGAGGGACUGGUGCACUUCACAAAAUAGAUGGCAUCAUGAGGAAGGAAAAUUAUGUGGAUAUAUUGAAGCAACAUCUCAAGACAUCAGUCAGGAAGUUAAAGCUUGGUCGCAAAUGGGUCUUCCAAAUGGACAAUGACCCCAAGCGUACUACCAAAGUUGUGGCAAAAUGGCUUAAGGACAACAAAGUCAAGGUAUUGGAGUGGCCAUCACAAAGCCCUGACCUCAAUCCUAUAGAACAUUUGUGGGCAGAACUGAAAAGGCGUGUGCGAGCAAGGAGGCCUACAAACUUGACACAGUUACACCAGCUCUGUCAGGAGGAAUGGGUCAAAAUUCACCCAACUUAUUGUGGGAAGCUUGUGGAAGGCUACCUGAAAUGUUUGACCCAAGUUAAACAAUUUAAAGGCAAUGCUACCAAAUACUAAUUGAGUGUAUGUAAACUUCUGACCCACUGGGAAUGUGAUGAAAGAAAUAAAAGCUGAAAUAAAUCACUCUCUACUAUUAUUCUGACAUUUCACAUUCUUAAAAUAAAGUGGUGAUCCUAACUGACCUAAGACAGGGAAUUUUUACUAGGAUUAAAUGUCAGGAAUUGUGAAAUAAUCUGUCUGUAAACAAUUGUUGGAAAAAUGACUUGUGUCAUGCACAAAGUAGAUGUCCUAACCGACUUGCCAAAACCUAUAGUUUGUUAACAAGAAAUUUGUGGAGUGGUUGAAAAACGAGUUUUAAUGACUCCAACCUAAGUGUAUGUAAACUUACGACUUCAACUGUAUUUGGCUAAGGUGUAUGUAAACCUCAGACUCUUAAAUUGAUACUGCAUUUUAUUUAAGUGAUUUUACAGCUAUCAAUUUAGGAGUCUACAAUCUCACCAUGUUCAACCAGCAGAUCGAUGUGCCUCAGAGUGGAGUCUGACAUUUGCAUUGGCACCAUGCAAUGCACCCUGGACUGAAGAGGCAUACAAAUAGGAGAAAUGUGGUGGACCCUCUGUUAAAUUACACAUUUCUCGAGGUAGGAAUAUCGCAAAAAAUAUGAUCAAUGGUUAAUUCGAGAGAAGACAACCUCCCACGCUAUGACAUCGGCCAGUAUUGAAAUCUGACAUGUAUGAUAGACGUUUUCGCUAUCUAAAAGUUGUAUUCCUAUUAACUUCCAGUGUAGUGAGAGCGACUUUACGCAAUGCCAAGGAAAAACGGCUGUUUUUCUGCCUGCUUGAACGGCAAAAGCUCAGAUAAAAAUGAAAUGACACCUGGAAUCGAUAGAUCACUCAGAGAUGCACAAAAACAAUAUAGCAUUCAAAAUGGGUGAAUCUUUCCUUUAAGCUUGUGAGCAUGUAAGCGUGUGUAUUUCCAUGUUAAUGAUGAAUUGUUUCGCGGUUUAGCCUAGUGCUGCUAAGGUUUUGGGUUUCCUUGUUUUCGCAAUCCUACUGCAGUCCUGUUUCCUCUGAAAUCCCUCAGACACGUUGCAUGACACAGUCAAGCGGGGAUAUGAGCUAAUGAUAGAAUGUUCUUGGACAAAUUGUUCUUGGUUCAGUGUCAAUUGUACAUGGUACAUGGUCCCUGCCAAAUAAACAAAUAUAAUCGAUCUGUAUCUCUUCUCUAACCGAUUCCAGGAUUGGUCCAUGCCACAGACUACUCUAAUGCCAGUGCCACUGGGAUAUUUGAUUCGUACCAGGUCGGUUUUUUCCUUGUGUAAUAACUGUGUAUCAGGGUGGGGUCAAUUGCAUUUAAAUUCAGUCAAUCCAGGAAGUAAACUGAAAUUGCAAUUAAAAUGUAUUCUCAUAGAGAAGCGUUGAAUUUUAGGUGAAUUACUGUGUGUCUUUGUGUGUGUGUGUGCACACGUGUGCGUGCGUUCCCCACAGUUGUGCUGGAGUGAAUUCCUGUGCUGUCUCAUCUCGCUGCCUCUCUCCAUCCUCCCCAAAGUACUGAACACUGGGUGAGUCACGUGAUACUGGUCACAUGACUCACAUGUCUCUAGAUUGCAGUCAGAAUUGAGAGAUCAGAGGAGAACAGGCCACUUAAAUGGCAGUUAGAAUCCAAAAAGAAGGCCUGUAUAAUGUAGAGAUUAGAAAGGGAAAGGAAAGGGGGGGGAUAUCUAAUCAGUUGUAAAACUGAAUGCAUUUAACUGAAAUGUGUCUUCCACAUUUAACCCAACCCCUCAGAAUCAGAGAGGUGCGGAGGGCUGCCUGAAUCGACAUCCACGUCAUCGGCGAUGCUUUACUAAACUCUAUUUGUUUAGUUUCUUAUCACUUGUAUAGUCCCUUCUUGUACAAUGUAUACUGUAUAUUGUCUGUUGUUUUAACUUAAUGGCCUUUUAGUUUUUAUAACGCAAAGCACAUUUAUGUGAAAAACAGACAAUACAAUUCUAUGUUAUCUUCUAUCCAUUAUAUAGAGGUAGGAGCCGAUCAGCAUAGCUACGUUACAGCAGGAUACAGAGGCUACUGAGUUUCGUCCUGUUGUAACUGAGCUUUGCCGGGUUCCGUAAAGUGUCUUCUCUGCAAGUCAUGUCAGACAUUUCUAUCACACAGUGGAGGCCGCUGAGGGGAGGAAGGCUCAUAACGGCUUGAACGGAGUCAAUGGAAUGGUAUCAAAACGCAUCAAAGACGCGGUUUCCAUGUGGUCGAUACCAUUCCAUUGACUCCAUUCCAGACAUUAUGAUGAGCCAUCCUCCCCUCAGCGGCCUCCACUGCUAUCAAUCAUGGUCUAUUUGUCCUCUUCUCCCUGAUAUCUAGUUACAGCGAUAAAGCCUUAUUAGAUGUUGAUUAUCAUUGUCGUAUUUAAUACCUAUUCAUUCAUACAUUAUCUCCUCUUCUCCCUCAUGCUCCACCAGUCACCACUUUGGAUUGACAGAUCCCUCCGUCUUUGGGGUGUCGAUCCCUAUCAUGUCUGUUGUGAGUAUCUCGUCUUUGCAUCGCUGUCUCCACAUCUUGGAAAGCGUCUGUUAUCUUUAUGGGAUUACAGUAUCUUUUGUUUUGUCUGCGUCACCAGCCGUGCUAGGUCGGUGUGUCUUCAGGUUAUUCUGCUAUCUUUGAGGGAAUAUGUCCUUUCAAAAAUAUCCACUUGCCUCAUUAAUUCUUAGCAUCAGCUGUUUAUUGCAUGUUUUUAGAAACAUACAGGGGAUACAGUGCCUUCGGAAAGUAUUCAGACCCCUUGAUUUCUUCCACAUUUUGUUAUGUUACAGCCUUAUUCUAAAAUGGAUUUUAAAAGAAUCAUCAGCAAUCUAUACACAAUACCCCAUAAUGACAAAGUGAAAACAGGUUGUAUCCCCCUAAUGGUUAAGGUUAGGUUGUAUCCCCUAAGGUUAAGUUAGGUUGUAUCCACCUAUGGUUAAGUUAGGAUGUAUCCCUAAUGGUAAGUUAGGAUGUUCCCCUAAUGGUAAGGUUAGAUGGAUCCCCCUAUGGUAAGGUUAGGAUGUAUCCCCCUAAUGUUAAGGUUAGGAUGUAUCCCCUAAUGUUAAGGUUAGGAUGUAUCCCUAAUGGUUAAGGUUAGGAUGAUCCACCUAAUGGUUAAGGUUAGGAUUAUCCCCUAAUGGUUAAGGUUAGGAUGUAUCCCCCUAAUGGUUAAGGUUAGGAUGUAUCCCCCUAAUGGUUAAGGUUAGGAUGUAUCCCCCUAAUGGUUAAGGUUAGGAUGGAUCCCCCUAAUGGUUAAGGUUAGGAUGGAUCCCCCUAAUGGUUAAGGUUAGGAUGGAUCCCCCUAAUGGUUAAGGUUAGGAUGGAUCCCCCUAAUGGUUAAGGUUAGGGUUUGGGAACAGUAUACUGAUCAUAAAUAUGUUACCUCUCACCCUGUAGAUGGCAGACCAGCAGGCGGCCAUGUUUGGUGAGUGCUGCUUCGACAUCGGUGACGUGAAGAUCACCAUGGGAACAGGCACCUUCAUGAACAUCAAUACUGGGAGCAAGCCACACACGUCUGUGGCCGGUACGUAGCUAUAGUCUUCAUCACAGAUAGGACAAUGAGACAGACAUUUCACCGGAUGUAUAAAUGUGGCUGACAAUUCUGCACAUUUUCUCAUCGAAGGAAACAUUUGAUCUCAAUACAGUUUUCUGUUUCCAAAACUAGAAUCUGUUACGACUAAGCUUUGUAGACUUUACCCUUUGCCAAAGUUUCAAAACAUAGCGUUGUUUAGAAGGAGUGCAAGGGCGGAUUGACUUAUUACACACACGCACUUCACAGAGUAGGCGUUCCCUAACGGAAUUAUGCAAAUACAUGCUAGAACGCGCCAAUAGACUCUCGCCAGCUCGUGCUUGGCUCUGCCCACCUCUUUGCUUGUUCUGCCCACUAUGAUUAAUUUGAUGCCAUUGGAAACGACAGGCUGUGUUCUAUCUUGGGUUAGUUAUAAAAAAAUCUUUGUUUUUCAUCCUGACUCAGAUAUGGACAUAGUCCCACAUAUAGGCUACAUCUUGACUCAGAUAUGGACAUAGUCCCACUUACAAUCACCACAUUAUGAGAAGUAUGCUUAACGGGGAAAUCUCCAUUGAAAUAGCUUUUUAGCCGAGGGCUAGGCUUAAUCUGUGACUAGGAAACUGUCCCUCAAAGUCAACAUGACAUCAAGACCUACACAUACACUCAUUCAUAGACACAAGGUCUAAGUCAGGGCUGUAAGAAGCAGCCUUAAGAGCUACUGGCUGGGCAGGCUUUUGUUCCAUCCCUGCUCUAACACACCUGAUCAGCAGGUGAUUAGUAGAAUCGGCUAGGUUAGAGCAGGAAUGGAACAAAAGCCAGCACAAGGUUGACCACCCCUGCUCUGUGUAAACUUUAAAGGACUAAAACGUUUGUAUGACCAUACAAUUAGCCUAUUUUAUCGAUAGGAGUGGUAAAAAAGGUGCUUGUGCAUUGAUAACCAAACCGAAGAUGGAAUUAACGAUACGUAAUAAAAUAAAGACGGCACUUCUAAAAGCCUAUUUCACACCUCAGCCUGAUGAAUCUAUUUUGAUUUUGGCACAAAUGACAAUUUGGCACUGACUUGCCCAUGGAUUGAUGUUUCAGCAUUGUCUCAAUGAAGAGUUUGGGGUUCGACUGGACACAUUUUAGAUUUACAUCAUUUAGCAGACGCUCUUAUCCAGAGCGACUUACAAAUUACGUGCGACAUGCAUGCACAGUUACAAGCCUGCUAGAGUUAGCGACAGGCGGACGAGCAAUAUUCACCAUCGUAGUACAGAGGAAGCCUGAGAAGGAAUAGGAAGCUAACUGAAGCUAACUGAAGCUAGCUGAAGCUAACUGAAGCUAACUGAAGCUAGCUGAAGCUAACUGAAGCUAGCUAGCUAACUAGAAAACCCUGAGUAGAUCUAACUUGCUUCGUAGUAUACCAUAUAUAUAUCUGAUUCCCAAUUUUGUCUUUGUUUUUCUUUUCACAAAUAUUUUUUGGGGGGAUCCCCCCCCCUAGCUCAGAGAACACCAAUAACAAUGAGUAAGGCACUUUUACAAAACGUAAGCAGUUCAGACAUUGUCCCAGAUUGUCAUGAAAAUGUGUUGUGUUUGUGUAGGUCUCUACCCUGUUGUGGGCUGGAAGAUCGGCCCAGAGGUGGUGUAUCUAGCAGAGGGCAACGCAGCAGACACUGGCACAGCCAUUAAAUGGGCACAGGAACUGGGUGAGUCUGACCACUGGCGUGAUACCUGUUUAGCAGUAAUCCAGUAGAGUCCACAUUUAAAAAGGAGCUCUGUAAUUAGGAUAUUCUCACAAAUAAGGGGAAAGAGACCAACCUUGGGUUUCGAAAAUGUAAUGAGGUUUAGUACACACGUACCAAUUCAUAUAUUGCGUCAUUCAUAUGCUGAUAUUUGAUAGAAGAAUGGUAUGAAUACACAAUGUGCAUAUAAGUAAGGUAGUAUUUGGCCCAUGUUUGGUGAUGUCAGAGGAAGUGACAUCAGUUGUGUCGUUCCAGAGCUGUUCUCAGACGUACGGGAGACAGAUGCCAUGGCCAGCAGUGUGGCCAACUCGGACGGAGUGUGCUUCGUUCCCUCAUUUAGUGGCCUGCAGGUGAGUGUGUGUGUGUGUGCGUACAGGAAUGAUUUUAAGCUUGUGUGUUCGCUUGCUCGCACAGACACACACAAGUAUACUGUGUAUUGCUUUGACAGUGAGAUUAUUAAUGACAGUUGGUGUGUCAUCGGACUUUGAGUUUGUGGUUUUGUGGGUGUUAGUUAUGGCAUGCAUUUGUUUCUGGGUGACCUUGGUAGUAGUGUCAUCAUUAAUGUUAAGUGUCUACAGUGUUGUCAUAACGUUGUCUUUUCCUUCUCUGCCUACGUUUGUGCAACCAGCUUUUGUAAGUUUUGUCUCUUCUUUAAUUUCAUGUGAGUUUACGCUCCCAAAACAUGCUGGAAUAAUGUUGUGUUUGUGUAUAUGCCUUUGUUUACAUGUGUGUGAAAUUGUGUUUAUAUAUGCUCUUGGGUUUUGUUAUAUAUAUAUGUAGGGCCCUAUAAAAUCAGUUAAUUUUUCUUUGCCUGAUUCCGUUUAGUGUUUUCCCAAAUUCAGUUUUCUCAGUUUUGUAUUUACAGGCUUCCAUUUUCCCCAUUAUUUUCAGGUUUUCGCUCUCAAAAUCACACUUUAAAAAAAAAUAUAAAAACAACCAAAUUGGAUGUUCUAAGUCCACAACAAUGCUUAAACGACAUCAGGAGACCACUUGAGAUCUGGGAAAAAUCAGAGUAAUUUAAAUUUUUGUGUUUAGUUACCCUUUUAAUGCAAGUGUGCAGCAGCCGGAGACCGUUGUUUGGUUAACGAUGUUUCUGUAGCGCUCAUGUGAUUGCAGAUUUUGCAAAACAAAUGGCCACUGGAUUGAUGCAAAUAAUCAUGAUAUUAUUCUGCCAGGUGGGCAUAGGCUACGUUGCAGUUAACAUUUUACUGAGAAGGUUUUUGGGAAAGCCUUUCCAUCUCUACCAGAAGAAGAUUAUCAUUAGCAUCAUCGCUAACGGCUACAUUAAGUGUAGACAUAUGCGCACCACAUGCACAGACAGGGGAAUUCAUAUGCCGUUUCCAGAAAGUUGCAGGGCAAUACCAAUCACUGAUGCAUUUUGUUGAUGGCUUAUGAUUAACUUGGGCAAAUGUAAUAAAUGUUCUAAGUUCAAUACAUUUUUGAAUAUUGUUGAAUUCCAUUUUUUAUUGUCUGGAUUCCGUGAUUCCGUCCGCGCUCUCCACAUGGCAGAUUUUCUAGGGCCUUGCCUACGGUGUGUUAGUGUUAUGUCCUCUCUGUGGACGUUUAACGUGUUUGUGUGUUCACCAGGCUCCUUUAAACGAUCCCAAAGCAUGCGCCUCUUUCAUGGGCCUAAAACCAUCCACAAACAAGAGUCACCUGGUCCGAGCCAUUCUGGAGUCUGUUGCAUUUAGGUUAGUGUGAUUUUACUUGAGAGUGUGUGCGUGGAUGUGUGUAGGAGAUAUUGGUCAAGUUAUAAAUAUAAGUUCUGAAUGUAUCUCUAAAGAUGAAUUAAUGUGCUAUGAAUCAGGGCAUAGGGGACAAAAUUGUAUUUUGAAGAAGACCGGACUUAUGUUAACUGUAAGACCAAAAUAGUGAUAAGUGAUCUAUCUGAAGGUACAGUGCAUUCAGGAAGUAUUCAGAGCCCUUGAAUUUUGUACACAUUUUGUUAUGUUACAGCCUUAUUUUAAAAUUGAUUAAAUCUACAAACAAUACCCCAUAAUGACAGUGAAAACAGGUUUUUAGAAAUGUUUGCAAAUGUAUUGAAAAGGGAAAAAAAAGAAAUACCUUAUUUACAUAAGUAUUCAGACCCUUUGCUAUGAGACUCGAAAUUGAGCUCAGGUGCAUCCUGUUUCCAUUGAUCAACCUUGAGAUGUUUCUACAACUUGAUUGGAGUCAACCUGUGGUAAAUUCAAUUAAUUGGACAUGAUUUGGAAUGCCACACAUCUGUCUAUAUAAGGUUCCGCAGUUUAUAGUGCAUGUCAGAGCAAAAACCAAGCCAUGAGGUCGAAGGAAUUGUACUCCUGAGUGGCGCAGUGGUCUAAGGCAGUGCAUCGCAGUGCUAACUGUGCCACUAGAGAUCCUGGUUCGAAUCCAGGCUCUGUCGCAGCCGGCCGCGACCGGGAGACUCAUGGGCGGCGCACAAUUGGCCCAGCGUCGUCCAGGGUAGGGGAGGGAAUGGCCGGCAGGGAUGUAGCUCAGUUGAUAGAGCAUGGCGUUUGCAACGCCAGGGUUGUGGGUUCGAUUCCCACGGGGGGCCAGUAUAAAAAAAAAAAAAAAAAAAAAAAAAUGUAUUCACUAACUGUAAGUCGCUCUGGAUAAGAGCGUCUGCUAAAUGACGUAAAUGUAAAUGUAAAAUGUAAUGAAUUGUUCGUAGUGAAGAGGGCACGACAAAACCUAUUCCCCCUAAGGAGACUGAAAAUAUUUGGCAUGGGUCCUCAGAUCCUCAAAAGGUUCUACAGCUGCACCAUCGAGAGCAUCCUGACUGGUUGCAUCACUGCCUGGUAUGGCAACUGCUCUGCCUCCGACCGCAAGACACUACAGAUGGUAGUGCGUACGGCCCAGUUCAUCACUGGGGCCAAGCUUCCUGCCAUCCAGGACCUCUAUACCAGGCGGUGUCAGAGGAAGGCCCUAAAAAUUGUCAAAGACUCCAGCCACCCUAGUCAUAGACUGUUCUCUCUGCUACCGCACGGUAAGCGGUACCGGAGCACCAAGUCUAGGUCCAAAAGGCUUCUAAACAGCUUCUACCCCCAAGCCUUAAGACUCCUGAACAUCUAAUCAAAUGGCUACCCAGACUAUUUGCAUUGUCCCCCCUCUUUUACGCUGUUGCUACUCUCUGUUUAUUAUCUAUGCAUAGUCACUUUAAUAACUCUACAUACAUGUACAUAUUACCUCAAUUACCUCGACUAACCUGUACCCCCACAUAUUGACUCAGUACCGGUACCCCCUGUAUAUAGCCUCGCUAUUGUUUUAUAUUGUAUUUUUGUGUGAUUUUUUGGGGGGUAUUCUUUCUUAAAACCUGGCACCAUCCCUACAGUGAAGCAUGGUGGUGGUAGCAUCAUGCUGUGGGGAUGUUUUUCAGCGGCAGAGACUGGGAGAAAACGCAGGAGUUGCUUCGGGACAAAUCUCUGAAUGUCCUUGAGUGGCCCAACCAGAGCCCGGACUUGAACCUGAUCGAACAUCUCGGGAGAGACCUGAAAAUAGCUGUGCAGUGAUGCUCCCCAUCCAACCUGACAGAGCUUGAGAGGAUCUGCAGAGAAGAAUGGGAGAAACUCCCCAAAUACAGGUGUGCCAAGGUUGUAGCGUCAUACCCAAGAAGUCUCAAGGCUGUAAUCGCUGCCAAAGGUGCUUCAACAAAGUACUGAGUAAAGGGGCUGAAUACUUAUGUAAAUGUGAUAUUUUUUAUUCUACUUUUUCAUACAUUUGAAAAAAUUGCUAAAAACCUGUUUUUGCUUUGUCAUUAUGGGUUAUUGUGUGUAGAUUGAUGAGGAGAGGAAAAAAACAAUUUCAUCCAUUAGAAUAAGGCUGUAACGUAACAAAAUGUGGAAAAGGUCAAGGGCUCUGAAUACUUUCUGAAUACACUGAUGAGCCUAAUACCAGGUUGAGGAAUUUGUACUGUUUUCUAGAGCUUGUUUUGUAUCAUAAACAAACAACAGGGACAUGAUAUAUUAUCCCUUGUAACAACAUACAAACAUCACACAACAUAUAAUUUUCAAUAACCCCAACAAUUUAUCAGUCCUUCAUGUUGGAUGUGCUGUUAGGAAAGAUUUUUAAGAUGACAUCUUGAUCAGUAGGCCUUCUUUCUUAGAAAAAGUUGCAAAGAGGAAGUAUGUGGAUCUGGACUGUAUUGCUCCGUCAUGUACUGCAGCAAAAAAGCAUUCCAGCUCAUAUGCAUGGAUUUCAGGCUGAUUGGGGCAAGUGGGGUCAAUCAGGGUUCCUGGUGGGAAGAGAGUUGAUAAGCCGCUGUCCAGAAAAGGGGGUUGUACUGAUGUGACGUGUUUGUGUGUGUGUGUGUGUGUGUUUCACCGCACUAGUGUGUUUGGGCAUAUACACUCAGUGGCCAGUUUAUUAGGUACACCCGGUCGGACCCCUCUUUGCCUACAGUACAGCCUGAAUUCUUCAGGGCAUGGAUUCUACAAGGUGUGGCGGUCAAACGUUGCUCAAUUGGUAUCAGCAUGACGCAACAGGAACCGGGAUUCGUCGGACCAGACAAUGUUUUUUUCCACUCCUCAAUUGUCUGGUGUUGGUGAUCGCGUGCCCACUGGAGCCGCUUCUUCUUGUUUUUAGCUGAUAGGAGUGGAACCCGGUGUGGUCGUCUGCUGCAAUAGCCCAUCUGUGACAAGGACCGAUGACUUGUGCAUUCCAGAGAUGCCGUUCUGCACACCACUGUUGUACUGCGCCGUUAUUUGCAUGUUUGUGGCCCGCCUGUUAGAUUCUCGGUAAACCCUAGACACUGUCAUGCGUGAAAAGCCCAGGAGGCCAGCCGUUUCUGAGAUAGUGGAACUGGCUAGCCUGGCACCAACGAUCAUACCACGCUCAAUGUCACUUAGGUCACUCAUUUUGCCCAUUCUAAUGUUUCAAUCGAACAGUAACUGGAUGCCUCGAUGCCUGUCUGCCUUCGGCCACGUGACUCACUGUCUGUAGGAGCGAUCCAUUUUCUAAUAAACUGGCCACUGCGUGUAUAUUUGAAGUUAGUAUACACUCUGAUGUUUGUGUGUGUGUGUGCCAUUUCCUAGGAACAAGCAGCUCUAUGAGACGAUGCUCAGAGAAACACACAUUCCCAUCAGGAAGAUCAGGUAGGCCUACAGUGGAGAACUCCUAUACAUUUCAGAUCAUCUCAAACCAAUAUCUGGAUGGUGUCGUUAUUCUAUUGUGGUUUAUUUAUUUAUUUAUUGAUGCUAUCGUUGAUUGAUACUGAUUUUACUGAUCCGUACAGUGCCGUGAAAAAGUAUUUGCCCCCUUUCUAAUCUUCUCUAUUUUUGCAUAUUUUUGAUACUGAAUGUUAUCAGAUCUUCAACCAAAACCUAAUAUUAGGUAGAUAAAGGGAACCUGAGUGAACAAAUAACACAAGAAUUACAUACUUAUUUCAUUUAUUUCACAAGCAAAGUUAUGCAACACCCAAUGCCCCUGUGUGAAAAAGUAAUUGCCCCCUUACACUCAAUAACUGGUUGUGCCACCUUGAGCUGCAAUGACUCAAAUCAAAUUGUAUUUGUCACAUGCGCCGAAUACAACAGGUGUAGACCUUACAGUGAAAUGCUUACUUACAAGCCCUUAAUCAACAAUGCAGUUUUAAGAAAAAUAAGUGUUAAGUAAAAAAAUUAUAAUAAUAAUAAUUAAAGAGCAGCAGUAAAAUAACAGUAUCCAGGCUAUAUACAGGGGGUACCGAUACAGAGUCAAUGUGCGGGGGCACAGGUUAGUCGAGGUAAUUGAGGUAAUAUGUACAUGUAGGUAGAGUUAAAGUGACUAUGCAUACAUAUUAAACAGAGAGUAGCAGCUGCGUAAAAAGAGGGGGUGGGGGUGGGGGGGAACAAUGCAAAUAGUCCGGGUAGCCAUUUGAUUAGCUGUUCAGGAGUCUUAUGGCUUGGGGGUAGAAGCUGUUAAGAAGCCUUUUGGACCUAGACUUGGCGCUCCGGUUACACUUGCCGUGCGGUAGCAGAGAGAACAGUCUAUGACUAGGGUGGCUGGAGUCUUUGACAAUUUUUAGGGCCUUCCUCUGACACCGCCUGGUAUAGAGGUCCUGGAUGGCAGGAAGCUUGGCCCCAGUGAUGGACUGGGCCUCUAUGCACUACCCUCUGUAGUGCCAAGGCGGUCGGAGGCCGAGCAGUUGCCAUACCAGGCAGUGAUGCAACCAGUCAGGAUGCUCUCGAUGGUGCAGCUGUAUAACUUUUUGAGGAUCUGAGGACCCAUGCCAAAUCUUUUCAGUCUCCUGAGGGGGAAAAGGCUUUGUCGUGCCCUCUUCACAACUGUCUUGGUGUGUUUGGACCAUGAUAGUUUGUUGGUGAUGUGGACACCAAGGAACUUGAAGCUCUCAACCUGCUCCACUACAGCCCUGUCGAUGAGAAUGGAGGCAUGCUCGGUCCUCUUCUUUUUCCUGUAGUCCACAAUUAUCUCCUUUGUCUUGAUCACGUUAUGGGAGAGGUUGUUAUCCUGGCACCACACGGCCAGGUCUCUGACCUCCUCGUUGUCGGUGAUCAGGCCUACCACUGUUGUGUCGUCGGCAAACUUAAUGAUGGUGUUGGAGUCUUGCUUUGCCAUGCAGUCAUGGGUGAACAGGGAGUACAGGAGGGGACUGAGCACGCACCCCUGAGGGGCCCCCGUGUUGAGGAUCAGCGUGGCAGAUGUGUUGUUGCCUACCCUAACCACCUGAGGGCGGUCCCGUCAGGAAGUCCAGGACUCAAAACAAACUCUUCCUGUAGUUGUUGAUCAGAUGUUGCUGUGGAGGAAUUUUGGCCCACUCUUCCAUGCAAAACUGCUUUAACGCAACGACAUUUGUGGGUUUUCAAGCAUGAACUGCAUGUUUCAAGUCCUGCCACAACAUCUCAAUUGGGAUUAGUUCUGGACUUUGACUAGGCCAUUCCAAAACUUCAAAUGUGUUGCUUUUUAGCCAUUUUCACGUAGACUUGAUUGUGUGUUUUGGAUCAUUGUCUUGCUGCAUGACCCAGCUGCGGUUCAGCUUCAGCUCACAGACGGAUGGCCUGACAUUCUCCUGUAGAACUCUCUAAUACAGAGCAGAAUUCAUGGUUCCUUCUAUUAAGGCAAGUCAUCCAGGUCCUGAGGCAGCAAAGCAUCGCCAAACCAUCAAACUACCACCACCAUGCUUGACCGUUGGUAUAAGAUUCUUACUAAAUGCAGUGUUUGGUUUUCACCAGGCAUAAUGGGACCCAUGUUGUCCAGAAAGUUAUACUUUUGACUCAUCUGUCCAUAGAGCAUUCUUCCAAGAGUCUUGAUGAUCUUCCAGGUGCUUUUUGGCAAACCUUUUGGAAGAGAUGGGUCCCAUUAUGUCUGGCGAAAACCAAACACACACCUCAUGCUGAAACAGGAAAGGGCCUUCCCCAAACUGUUGCCACAAAGUUGGAAGCACAGAGUAGUCUAGAAUGUCAUUGUAUGCUGUAGCGUUAAGAUUUCCUUCACUGGAACUAAGGGGCCUAGCCCAAACCAUGAAAAACAGCCCCAGACCAUUAUUCCUCCUCCACCAAUCUUUGCCGUUGGCACUAUGCAAUGGGGCAGGUAGCGUUCUCUUGGCAUCCGCUACUUCAGCACUCGGCGGUCCCGUUCUGUGAGCUUGUGUGGCCUACCACUUCACGGUUGAGCCGUUGUUGCUCCUAGACGUUUCCACUUCACAAUAACAGCACUUACAGUUGACCGGGGCAGCUCUAGCAGGACGAACUGACUUGUUGGAAAGGUGGCAUCCUAUGACGGUGCCACGUUGAACGUCACUGAGCUCUUCAGUAAGGCCAUUCUACUGCCAAUGUUUGUCUAUGGAGGUUGCAUGGCUGUGCGCUCAAUUUGAUACACCUGUCAGCAAUGGGUGUGGCUGAAAUGGCCAAAUCCACUAAUUUGAAGGGGUGUCCACAUACUUUUGUGUGUAUAUAUAGCGUAUCUAUCUAUCAAUCAUGAAUCCUCAAUGUUUUGUGUGUGUGACUAUCAUGGCAGGAGUGUGAGGUAUCUGUAUAUUCUGAGGUGUGUCUGAUAUUAUUUGUGUGUGCAUGCAGGGCGGACGGUGGCGUUUGCACCAAUGACUUUGUAAUGCAGCUGACGGCGGACCUGUUUGGCAGGAAGGUCGCUCGGCCGACCCAACACGAAAUGUCCUGCCUGGGGGCAGCCUUCGUCGCUGGACUGGGAGUUGGUACGACCCACACACACACACACAUACAUGCACAUGCACACGCAUGAGUCCUGCUGCUAAUACAGUUAGGACUAGGUAGACAGAGGCUAACUGCUAAUACAGUUAGGACUAGGUAGACAGAGGCUAACUGCUAAUACAGUUAGGACUAGGUAGACAGAGGCUAACUGCUAAUACAGUUAGGACUAGGUAGACAGAGGCUAACUGCUAAUACAGUUAGGACUAGGUAGACAGAGGCUAACUGCUAAUACAGUUAGGACUAGGUAGACAGAGGCUAACUGCUAAUACAGUUAGGACUAGGUAGACAGAGGCUAACUGCUAAUCCAGUUAGGACUAGGUAGACAGAGGCUUGCAGAAUAAGGGGUGUGUUUGCAUCAGCAGUCGUCUUUACAGACAAAGAUACUGUAAAUGUUGAUAGCUCUCGAAUAGAUCAAAUACAUUGAACGGCUGGAGUCUAGAGGAGAGUUUGAUCACAAUAGAGGGAAAUGUUCCCUCUCUCCUCCGUCUCUCGAUCUAGUAAAGAGUAGCAGAAGGAAGAAAGAGAGCGAGAAGGGGAAGAAGAGAGAGAGAGAAGCUGAGCGAGAGGCUGAGGAGCUCGAGAGCGAGAGAGCGAGAGAGAGAGAGAGGAAGAGGAAGGAAGGCGCGAGACAGAGAAGGAGAAAUAGGCCAGAUGAAAGACGAGAGCUGAAGUCUCGAGGAGAAGAGAGAAGAGCGUACGAGAGAGAUCGGAGGCUCGAGAUAGAGAGAAAGAGAGCUGAGAGGAGAAGAUAUCGAGAGAGUAGAAAGAGCGAUAGAGAGUAAGCCCCAGCGCUCAGACAUCUCAGCUCUCUCUCUCCCAUCGUCCUCUCUCCUCCUCCUCUCCUCUCUCUCCUCUCUCCUCCUCGUUGUGCAGGGCUUCUGGAAGAGUCAGGAGGAGCUAAAGAGACUCCAGAGCACUGACCGAGUCUUCCUACCCCGGAAUGGGUAUGGAUUGGGUGAUGGGGGCACGGAGGGCGAGUAUACACCCAUUCUGCAGAGCUGGGAACGGGCGCUGAAACGCUCUAUGAACUGGUAUGGCAAGCCCUGA